UCCUUGGAAAGACUUAAUUUUAAACAAACAGAAAUUCCGUCCUAAUGAGAGUUCAUAGCCUCGUCCCCAGCAACUGGUUUCCUCUCCCUCUGGAAUAAAUAUUCAUGAGCCGGCUUGGUUUCCAAUGGAGACAGUAAACACACGGCGGAAAACCAGCAGCUAUCAAGGAGUUCUAUUUCAGUGGCACACGCAGAUCAAAACUAACCCGGGCCAACACGACAACACUGCUACUAACACAGCAGCCAUUCUGGGGACUUUGAGACCAACGUGGAGUGGUUGCAACUGCACACACCAGUAGCUGGUGUCUCAGAAGCUGAGAAUUCGGAACUGCUGGCUACAGCUGGUAUCUCUAGCCUUUGAGAACGACUGUUCUUUUUAUGAUUAUUAUUACAAUGAUGCUUCCUCUUAGCAGCCCCCCAAAGAAGCAACAUAAACCAGCUGCUUAGUUGAAGUAGGUUAUUAAAUAAAGGAGAGACAAGAUCGCACAUAGGGUCACCUGUUGGAAGUUGGGUUCUUAGUACCGGCUCCUUGUCAAAUACUAAAAGAAAGUGCUAGGAGAGAAAGGAAAGCAGGAGAGAGCUGUGGGACUGGAAAGUCUUGGAGAGCAUUGCCUCUCAGCCUUCCGAGUGGUGACAGCAUAUCACAUAACAGGAGAGACGCAGAUGGGAAGCAGAUCAACUGGAUUUAGGAGAACCACCUCAGCUGGGUACCGGUUACCAGCAGCCAGACCUUUGGUGGAACUUGCCUCAUCCUCGUCUCCUCUCAGCACCGCCCAGCCUGGAAAAGCGCUGCCUGCCAGUCGGGUUUUAGCAAAACAGGCACCUCGGGCCCAGGAACAGGAGCAGGCACCACUGUGGAGGGAUCAGGUUCGGCAGGACAAGAUCUGGAGGGAGUUUAUGGAGGCUGAGCGGAGGGGAAGAAAAUAUUGGUACCAGAAUUGGGGUUUCCUCAAGGACUAUGAUCCAACGGGCAAGAAAAAGGAGCAGGAGCAACUUCCAGAGUAUGUGCCUGUGUUCUCAGACCAAAUUCCCAACACCACCAACCAGAUUAUCGGCAGUAGAAUGAACACUGAAAUUGGCAAAACUCUAGUAAACAUGGAUUUCUUCCUCAACAGUGGAAGGCAAAAAAAGAAACCUGAGCUCGAAUUCCAGCCCUCCUAGGAUUAGAAAGAAAAUAUCCCUAACAAGAUGUGUGGCAGAAUUCAAGCGAACAAUGUAAUUAAAUCUCUUUGUAAUGAAGUUACAAAGCAUCAAAUCCUUUUCUGAUAUCGCUGUCUUACAGGACAUUUUUUUCAUAAACAAAGGUGGACCUUGUGCUUAAUAUUCUUUUGGAAAAAUUCUCUUAAUAUUUCAAGUGAUCAGAUUAGAAUGGAUAUAAACAUGUACUGUUUAAGUAACAGGGUCCAAUCAUGCUCCCAUGGAACAAAAUUGCAUUAACUUCAGAGGGAACAAGGUUACAGCAGCAAAGAAACCCUAACUUACUUAAGUCACAAAAUCUUGCCAGAUGCAAUAUAAUGGAAUAUUUUUAAUUUUAAAGGAAUCAUUGCACUAGAUAACAGCAAGCCCUUAUGUUCUGUUUAGCUAGCUAUGGUUUUAUCACAUUCCCCAUCACCUCAAUGUCUCAACUCACCCCCAGAGAGCAAAACCCAAGACAAAAGCCUCUGUUCUCAUUGUUCUUCCUACUUCUGUAGAAGGGGAUGCAAUUUUUGUUCUUUAAUUUUCCAUUUUUUAAAUUUGUUUUUUCCUCCUCUCCUUUUUACGACCAUCACUUCCCUCCUCGUUCUCGUCUCCUCUUUUUCUGAUCUAGUUAUGUCUGGGGGAAACACUUUUGUCCUCAAGAAUGUAGCUGCCCAGGAAAAUCAUCAUCAUAUCAGGAGAGAGAGCAGUCUUUAAGCUACCUAGAGCCAAUUCUAUGGAGGGGCUCGAAGACAAACAUCAAGACUUUGUUUGACCUGGUACACUAGAGGGGAUGGUUGUACAGUGCAGAGCUCUGAGGGGAUGCAAAGAGCAUAGCUGUUUUCUGGACUACUUUUAGUUGUUUAAAAUUGGAGUGGUCAGACCAUGAUGAAAAGGUCUUUGGCAAUGCAGCUUGAAGUUCCCAAAAGUAUGGAUCACUGUAGCAGAGUCACCACCCAAGUACAGCAGGGCCCAGUGCUCUAGCCAAACUUCAGUGGAAGAGCAUCGUUCUGUAGCUGCAGCUACUUCAGACUCCAGCAGCAGUGGGCAGUCCAGAGGAGGAGACCUAUUUGACAGCUGAGCUAGACACCCUCAAUUGAAGGCAAGGUGAUGACAUUUCAGCAUGGCAAAGGGACAGUCUGGAGUGGAGCUCUCUGUGCAGGGUGGGUGGGGAGGAGAUACAAAGGUUGCUGUCACCUGCUGCCAUUUAAGACCAUGGCAACACAUGGUUCCCCUAAUGGCUUCACCUGUGUUUUAAGGGCUGGGGAAAGAACUGAUCCCUGUGAGAUGGCACAACUGAGCUCUCUGGAGACAGAGGAACACCACAGUCUGUCAGCAGCCUGAAAGGAGAACCGGCUCCAUUUCAGAGCUUGAAGGAGGUGCAGCAGUUUUCUGUAGUAAAUGGUCUCAAAACAACUGUACAUAGAUGCACGAAGCACACUCAUCACUCUGACCCCUCACCAUGACAGUCCAUGCUCUCUCCUGGGCCCACAGACUGCCUCGCCUUCCUCCCCCACCCCAGGAUCUAAAAGAGGUAGAGAGGAGACCAGGUGCUCCCUCAUCUCCACCCUGACCAGCAGAGUUUGCUAGCUGCAAAAGGGAAUUGAUGCUGCCCCAUGCAAGCACAGAGAUGUGCUCGUUCUGUGUGCUAGGAAGUCCAGCACUGCAUCCAGAACUAGCUUGUGCAGCGUGCAAUUACCAUUAGGUCUUUGGAAACUAACAUCCAUUUUAGCCAUCGGGCUUUCUUGUGCAAAAACACUGGCCCUCUUGCACGAGUAUUCUUGCGCAGGAGGGCU